CUUUUUACAAUUACCAUCUACGCUCUUUAUAGCCACUCACUGCUUGUGAUUUCUUCGCGCUUACGGUUCCCCCCUAUUCCGUCGCUCGCGAUAACAAUUCCCCCCUAACAUCCCCGGAGUCUACUCUGUCGCGAAUACUCCGUCCCGACGUCACCAUGUUUUUCGCCAAGUCCGCUUUCCUGGUCUCGCUCCUGGCCCUCAGCAAUGUUGUUGUUGCGGCCAACCCGUCCGCCUGUCUUCUGUCGGCUGUGGGUCAGCAGGAGAACCCGGCCGACAUGAAGGCCAUGUGUGUCACCAACACCAAGCGCGUGCAGAAGGAGAUCGCCGAUUCCUGCGGAAAGGACAAAGAGGACGCUCUGAAGGAAUACGCCGAGACCUGCGCCGACAACGACCACAAAGUUGAAAUCGCCUCGAAAUCCUCGGAUGAUUCCGCCUCCAAGACCGGUGGCUCCCACUCGAGCGACAGCUCUGCCUCCGCGACCGGCGGCUCCUCGAGCAGCGACGAUUCCUCCAGCAGCGAUGACUCCUCCUCCGGUUCGAGCACCAGCUCGUCGGCGUCCGCCAGCGCUUCGCCUUCUGACUCGGUCUCGGCUGGUUCGUCCGACCGUCAGGUCUCUGCCGCUGCGUUUGCCGCCGUCGUCUUCCUGGGUUUUGCCGCUACUAUGUAAGAGGUUGGAUUGGGUUGAGCUUGUGUGACACUGCGAUAUCGACGUUCGGAGUGCCGUUGACUGAUACCUUUCUUUUCUCUGCCUGUUCAAAUACCUUUCCACAUUUGACCAUAUAUUGAACCAAUUAUUGAACUCUGAGAGUGAUAUAUACCAUUUUUGGGGGGGCGUUGGGGUUACUGAAUAGAUGAUUG